AGAAUAACUGCAACGCCAUGCAUUGUAUGACAGUCGUUAGCUUACUGAUGUGUGGACUUCUAGCAGAACUGCAACGCCAUGCAUUGUGUGAUAAUCGUUAGCUUGCUGCUGUGCGGACUUAUAGCAGGUGCUUAUGGCUGUGAUGUCCAGGCAACCAUUGAUUGCUCCAGCAACAGCUUCCGAUACGCCACUUGUGCCGUGCCCGGGGGACUUGCUGUUGGCAUUGUCACGGUGAUCCAAAAACACUCGCGAUCUGCAUGCACGCUGGGCAUUAGCUUCGGCUACAGCGCUGGCUCGGUAUGGGUGAACCAAGGCUGCCGCGCCACGUUCAACGUCUGCUCGUGCCGGAACUACCAGUCAAUAGACUGCGACAGCUGGGACUUUGCUCACCAGGUCUGUGGCGUUCCCGGAGCCGCGGCAGUCACGUACGUCCGGCUCGCCCAACAGCGCUCAAAUUCCGCGUGUAUCCUGAACUCAAGCUAUGGUAUCGACGGCGCCAACAUCUAUGCCAAGAGCGGCUGCAGGGGGCGAUUCGACGUCUGCUACAAUUAGUAAUGUUGCCUCUGUGCGAAUAUUACAUAACAACUAUAAAUUAUUGCGUGUUUAAUAUGCUAAAAUAAACAAAUUUAAUCGUGCAA